AUGCAGCUCUCGACGCUGCUGCUCGCGCUGCUGCCAGCACUCGCAGCUGCGAGCCCGACCCUCGACAAGUACCGCGCCCUGUCCAAGAAGAGCGGUGGGCUCCUGUCGCUGUCGACGCAGCAGUUCGACGAGUUGACGGGCCCGCAGCGCGACUACUCGCUCACGGUGGUCCUGACGGCGCUCGGGGCACAGUACAAGUGUCAGCCAUGCCAGCUCCUCCAGCCCGAGUACACGGCGCUCGCCAAGCAGUGGAACAGCGCGCGCAAGGGUGACGGCGAGGACCACUUUUUCGCCUACGUCGACUUUGCCAACGGGCCCGAGGUGUUCCAGCGACUCGGCCUCCAGACUGCGCCGACGUUCCAGCUGUACAUGCCGACCGAGGGCCCGCGCAAGACGAGCAAGUUGGGCGCGGACGCCAUCGACUUUGGCCGGACUGGCUUCAAGGCCGAGUCGAUCGCGUCGCACCUGCGCACCAACGCCCGGCUGCCCUCGCUCGAGUACCGCCGCCCGGUCGAUAAGGCCAAGGUCGUCAAGACGGGCGUGUACCUCGUCGGCGGCAUCAUCGCGGCGUGGAAGCUGUGGCCCGUCCUCGGCCUCAUCCUCACGCGUCGCUACAUCUGGUCGGCCCUCAGCCUCUUGAUCAUCCUCUUCAUGACGUCGGGCUACAUGUGGACCCAGAUCCGCCACCCGCUGUACGUCCAGGCCGGCCGGGACGGCCAGGUGACCUACAUCGCGAGCGGGUACCAGAGCCAGCUCGGCGCCGAGGUGCACAUCGUCAGCGCUCUCUACGGCGUCCUCGGCUUCUCGGUCUACGCGCUCGCGUUCCUCGUCCCGAAACUCGAGGACGCGACGCGCCAGCGCCUCGCCAUCUACGUCUGGACCGGCGUCUUCUUCGUCAUGGCCGGCGUCCUCAUGAACGUCUUCCAGAUGAAGCAGCCUGGGUACCCAUUCCGCAUCUUCUGAGCGAGCUAGACCGCCGUGCGAGCGUAGAAAGGACCGCUCGCGUGCGAGCGAAUCGGAAACGAGGUCUGCCGAGCUGUUCUUGGUGU